AUGGAAACCCCACACGCCUACUCGACGGUUGAGAGCGAAGGCAAGACCUGGCUAGUCCUGCAGGAUCCCGACCUGGGCGCGCCACCGCCACCACCCAAGAGGACCCGCCUCUACUCCUGCCAGGAGUACAUGGUCGGCCAUGCCAAGAUUUUCGCCGGCUUCGCCGCCUCCCCGACGUGGUCGGCCCUGCAGGGCACCCCCCAGCACCUGCCGCCCGACGAGGUGCGGAUUGAGGAGGAGGAGUUGGAUGGUGUUUCGGGCGCGGCGUCGCCCCGGGCUUCGGCCCUCUGUGCCCCAUGUGGACCAGUGGACCAAGACCAAGAUGUCUGUGAUCUUACGGCGGAUCUCGAAAAAGUCGCCGAUGAAGCCGAACCCCACGAUAUCGACGAAAUCGACGGGCUCCGCGAGAAAUACGCCCAUGUCUGCGCACGUUACGUAGCCCCAAAAAGAGCUAAAAGAGCUUCCCCGCCGCUCCGCGUAAAUCAAGGCACCGCAUGGGAUUGCGCCCUUUGCCCCGCUAAAGUGAAUGGCCAGGCCGAUGCACGUCACCAUAUCGAGAAUAAACACCUUCCAGGACGUUACAGGGUGGACGCCGUCCUCUACCGCCAGAAAAAGAAGGCCGAGCGCCAUACCCGGCGAGUCCCUGAGGACAUGAUGGAAAAUGGGGACAAUUGGCGAUCCUUCUACCUCAAGUCCUACGAAAUCCUAUGGGGCCGUUGCUUCCCCGGAAAAAUCGACGGUAGCGGCCGCAUGACUGUAUUAGUCGAGCUGGCUCUGGUCGAUGGAAUCUCUCGGCGGGACGUCAACCGUCUUUGCUACGCGCUUCUCGAGCGAUAUCGAGAAAUCCACCGCCUUUCCGUAACCCACGAUGUAUCGCCGAGACGCCACUAUGGAGUGACCAUUGACAUAAGCCAGCUUCACGAUGACCACUCAGCUUCUACGGAUUUUGUGGACGACUUGUCAGCUUGCGGGCCUUGUCUUUGUCGAUUGGAUGAAUUAGAAAAUUCAAUGGACGCGCAGACGGUUCAUUUCUACAGGGAUCAGCGGCCGCUUGCCGAGGUUGCCAACGAUUCGGCAAAUGAAACUGUGGCUUCGCGUGCCUUCUUUAGCCCUGAAACGACCAGCCGCAAUAUGACGCAGUAUUUGGACUGCGCGGAGCCUGCUGAUAGUGAGGGCCUCGAAGAGGCUUCGCUCGCUCCUGUCAACCGGUCGAUACCGAAUGAGCGCGGAGCUUGUGCCGCGACAUCAGAAGAUGUUCAGCCGGCUCCAGUUCGGCAGGAAAGCGAGGUUGAAGAUCUCCAGCUCAUCGAAGUGGCGCCGCCGUUGGAUAGACCUGAGCAAAUCGUUUCUGAGAGUAUCGUCAAGCCCAACACUCCAAAUUCAAGCGCUUUCGCGGAGGCUCCUGUACACUGUGCUAGCCUCUCGGCCCAGCUCCUGGAACUCCACCCCGUUGCGGAAAUCAGUCUCAACACCAUCCCCGAUCAAACGUCUUUCGAGGUACCCAACGUUGUCAAAGCGGAAGCCAUAUCUAUCGAAGAUUUCACAGAAGAGCCUGUUGAGCGCGAUCCUCAGUUCUACAAUGUUUCGUUGAAACGAUCGUGGUCCAGCUCGGUCGGCUUCGCUUCUCAAAUGGAGAAUCUCCUGGAUCGAAGCCCAGCCCUAGACAGCGAAUUUCCGGAAAUGGCACUGCUGCUCCAUCAUCGGUCGUCUAGCUGCAUUGAAGCGAGCUUCGAGAAUCACGACGUGCCGGGCCAGGAUCUGGAUGCCAACAAAGAAAAUCGAGAAGUUGAAAAUGCCCCAAUCGCCGAGCACGCUAACAUCUUGGAGAGUCCACCGAUGGAUCUCGAAGAAGCGAUCACGGCCGCCGAGCGGGGUGAAAUUCCCGAUCUUGAAGGUAUCUCCGACGUCAGCGAAGACCUGUGCGAUUAUAUCGAUGCUUACGGAAGUUUCAACACCGGAGCACCAGCUACCAAUGAGGACGAAGCCCCAACAACGCUAGCCGUCAGGAAACAAAAGCUCCUGCUCCUCCGCUGUAGCAGUUGCGCAACGGCGUUUAACAGCCUCACCCGAAUCGUUGAGCAUCUACUUAGCAAGCACUGCGGCCGCCUGCCCUACCCAUAUCGCUGUCGCUCUUGCUCCCACGCCUGCGCGCACAAAUAUAAUCUGGUCAGCCACAUGAGACGCCGGCAUCGUCUGCAAAAGCCGGUGGCCUGGUGCAAAGAGAGGAUUGUUGAACGCUGGCACCCCGACACCCUGCGCGAGCUCAACAACCAGGCCGGGAUAAAUUUCCCGAAAUGCCAAAAAUCCCGCAAGAAUUUCCUCAGCGUAGGCCAGGUCGUCCUCCACCUACUCGCCGCCCAUUGUGACGGCAAUGAAGCGAAAAUCUGGAGAUGUCGCCGCUGCGAUUUCAACACCAACUACGAGAGCUGCAUUGCCACCCACCUGGCACGAAUGCAUCGGUGCACGCAGAAGUGGGCCAUCAGAAAGAACUCGUGCCAAUUGUGGCACCCUGACACGAUGAGGCGUCUAAAGGACGUGGCCCCGCUCUACUUUCCUGGGAUUGAGAAGCGCGUCGAGAGAUACCUGGUCGACAAAAUCAAGCGCGGACUGCUCGACGUUGGCACCUUUUCUAACAACCCCCUCCCACCUGCUCCGACUAACACCCCGUUGCAGCACCUCCCUACUGCUGACCAUACCCGAUUGGAUCGGCCUGUAGCUAGACAGGCCGUCACUCGCAGCACUACGCCAGACAAACGCCGCUGCUGGCGCUUCAGGGUGUUCAAGACGAAGAGGCGGAAAAACAAUAGUCCACACGCUACCCAGCCGAGUUGGUACGCCAAGCCGGAGAAGGGCAAGGCAGGCGACGGAACCGGGGCGGAGGCUGUU